AUGCGAAGCAGAGCAGACAAUGACAAUAGCACUCCUCGGGACGGCGAGGAGAAGGCGAGUCUUGAGUCCGCUCUCGGAUUUCAGAGUCUUAGCGGGCUGUUCCAAGAGGCUCCAAAACCACGGUAUAGCCGGCCAAAGAUGCGAGAAAAGGGAAAGGUUGACUUCGUGGAAGUGGGAAGAAGCGCGCAAGCGGAGGAAAGAGCAAACACUGCGCCAUCUUCGUCCUUCGCCCAGAGGAAGAUGGACGAUGAUUACUUCCAAGCUGCAGAAGUACCGUCCACACGUGCGGUUUCCAGCAAGGACGAGAAGCAACAAGGCUACCGCCUGAAAUUCAAACAGAUCCGUGAGCCGCACACCCCGGGUUUCCCUGGAAGUAGAACCGAGAGAGAGUCUUCUGAGGGGCGUCCGAAUCUACCUCAUAAGCGCAUCGAUUUGCGGCACCCUAACCCAUUUGCCAUUGGGAAGAGGGAUGUAAGAUCUUUUGAUGCUAAGGAUCGUGAUGAUGAGGAGGCGGCAUGGGGCCUGAGGGAGUCGAACAGUGAUGGGAUGACGGAUGUUGACCAGACACAUGGUCUUGCGCGAAAGGUUGCUGAUGCGCAUGAAGGGUCUUCGGGUAGUGAUUCGCGCACGCUACUUGCACAGGACGCCAUGAUAAGGACGCAAACGAUUGGUUCCUCGUCCCAGCCAUCGAGGAGUCCAAAGAAGACAAAGGUUGUCAAGGAGUCUCGGGCUGGCGCGACACCACGGCAGAUGGAGGGAGUGGACAGCGCUUCGCCACCGACAGAGUCGAGACUGACACACCUGACUGCAUCCGGAGAAGCGCACAUGGUCGACGUUGGAGCAAAGCAAGCGACUAGGCGUGUCGCAGUGGCUAUCUCCCAUGUCGCGUUCAGCAGGCCCGCGCCCUUCCAGCUGAUCUUCGAGAACAGCAACAAGAAAGGUGAUGUCCUCGGCGUGGCGCGAAUAGCAGGCAUCAUGGCAGCGAAACGCACCGCCGACCUCAUCCCGCUAUGCCAUCCGGUGCCAAUCACCAAAGUCGAAGUCAACGUGCAGCUAGUGCCCUCCAGUCAGCUUCCAAAGACGCUUGGACAUCGAGGGCAUAACCAUCACGGGUUAGUCACCAUCGAGACGGUCGUCGAGACUUCUGGUCCGACGGGCGUGGAAAUGGAGGCUUUGACUGCUGCCUCCGGGGCGGCGCUUACGGUGUACGAUAUGUGUAAAGCCGUGGAUCGGUCGGCGAGCGUGCAGGAUGUGAGGGUGAUGUACAAAAGUGGUGGGAGGAGUGGGGUUCAUGUUGACGCUGCGUGGGCGAAUGUGAAAGGAAAGGAGUGGUUCGCUACCCGGAGUCUGGAACUGCCGCAGAAGGUCCAGGAGGGCUUGGGACCUGGUUGA